AUGGCAGAUGAAAAGGAUCAUGAAACAGUUCCGGAGUCCCCCGAGGUUCACUUUGAACCUAUAGUCAAGCUGUCGCUGGUGGAGACGAAGACGAUGGAGGAAGAUGAGGAUGUGUUGCUUAAUUUGAGAGCCAAGCUGUUCCGUUAUGAUAACGAAGCUGAACCUAAAGAAUGGAAAGAGCGAGGCACAGGGGAUUGUCGGAUUCUCAAGCAUAAGAAAUCUGGCUAUGUUCGCAUCCUCAUGCGCAGAGACAAAACUCUCAAGAUAUGUGCAAAUCAUUAUAUUUACCCAACAAUGGAGUUAAAACCUAACUGUGGUAGUGACCGUGCCUGGGUUUGGUCAACAACGGCGGACUAUGCUGAUGAGGAGAGUAAAGAGGAAGUUCUCGCAAUCAGAUUUGCCAAUGCAGAGAAUGCUCAAAAAUUUAAAACCAUCUUUGAUGAAUCAGCAGUAGAGAUGGAAAAACUCCUUAAAACAUCAAAGGUGAUAGAGAAUGGAGAGGCUGAUGCAGAGAAGAAGGAUGAAGAGAAAGUCAAGGAAGACCAGAAUACAUCCGAUAGUCAAGAAACAAAGAACGAUGAAGCCGAGUUGACCAGUCAGCUGAAAGACUUGAAGGUUCAGGAGGCUGGUGAAACACAAGCUGCUGCCACAGAAGAAGAUGGACAUAAAGAGUGA